GAGCGGUUCGUUUCCGGUUGGUGCGUACCUUGGUGCCGGGAUUUUUUCAAAUUGUGGGUGUCAUGCCCGGGAGGUCAAUUAAGCGAAGGCACCGUGGCCUCACGCGAGUCUAGCGCGGAAAGUGCGGGAAAUGUGGGUGAUGUAAUGAACUGUCUUCGAAACAUUCCUAAGAGAUUGCGGAAAAUUGAAUAUCGCCGCAGCCGAAGCCCAGUACGGAAACGACAUCGGAGAGUAGUGUCGUCUUUGUCUUCAUCGUCUCAGUCGUCGGAGUCCUCUCUGUCAUCUAGAUCAAGGACUCCCCCUGGUUCGAGUGUCAUGGAUCGGUCCGGGGGCCACACUUCAAAUUGCACAGUUUCACCGAUUUGUUUACCUUCGGCUGGGCAAGGAGACGCCCCUCCUCCUGGUGUCGAGCUCUCAGAAGAUGUUGUCGAAAUUCUGGGCUCACCUGAUACCAACACAUUCAUUUAUGGGCCGAAUUUACACAAAGAUUUAGUUUCCCGUUGGCAAAAAGCUGUGGCCGCGGGGUUGUCUGAAGAGGACAAAAAGGAACUUUGCAACAAGUAUCCUCUCCCCAAGAAUUUUCAAUACAUGGCGGCCCCAUAA